GCUGUCAAGCUCAUAAAAUUGGCGGGAUAGAAGCGACGUGUCUCGGAACUGAUAGAGUCGUAAACAAAAAUAAGAUGUUGUUACAGUAGUGUAAAUUGCACAUUGUGUUAUGUCCGGAGUAAAGUUCUAUGUUCUGGGAGGUGGACGAUGGCGGGAGGUGGAUAUGUCGUCUGGUCUUGUGGAGGGCUGGGGGCCAGCGCGGUUCCUGGUGGCCCGCGGGGGUCGGCUAAGGGCUCAGCGGCGAGCCCCCGUGUUGAGAGGGUUACGGGCACUGGCGGUUGGCAGGCCUACCACCGUACAUGAUGGACCGAUGCUCUCUCAGAUCAGAUACGACACGGUCUCCAAACCGAAGCCCCGUCCCGCCCGCCGGCAGCUCUGCGACCCCUGUCACGUCCCAUGCCACGCUCUGUGUCGUCCGCAACACUACGGGUGCGGUCACAACCCGGUGUACAACGAACAGGCGUUCGCACUCCCCGCGGCCGGUCCGCGAGUCUCACACGCCUCGGUACAGGCUGACCUCACACCAGACAGUCAGAGCAACCAAGAUGGCCGACACAAGACCGAGGAGGCGACGCGGAGUGACAAGGCCGACACCUCACACGGAGCAAAGAACACCGAGAUCAAGAUCACUCACAGGACACGACAUGACCGACGGCAGACUCGGGCGCGUAGCGACAGGAAGACGUGUCACUCGGAGGAGGAGCCGGAGAGCAAGAGGAAACGGAGGGAGGGAGGAGGGGGCGGAGUGUGCAAGGAACUGAUCAUUACCGAGGAGGACGUGCUGCUGUUGAGAGACUUCCUAGUGAAGGACGACAAGAACGUGUUUCAAGUAGACCUCGAGAGCUUCGACGCCGACGACGCGUACAAGAGGCGCGUGUUCUACAGACUGAACCCGCUCGUCAGCAUGGAGCGGUGUGCGCUCACCGACACGAGGCGGGGGGAACGAGCCAGCCCCUCCACCGUCACGCUCAAGGACUUCAUGUCCAACCUCGGCUUGAAGGAGGUGGAGUCGGAGCAGCACACGAGCUCCUCCUACAGGACGAGGAGGAGGACUCGGGGCGGCGGAGACGACAAGGAGAACAGGGACAAGGACAUUCGCACCAAGACACGGGACGGAGCGGCCGGGGUGUUGAGAGACGGCUCGGGCAAGACGAACAGAGGCACGGACAGCAGACACGACCGGAGACAGGCGGCCGAGCACGGGAACAAGCGCGGCAGGGCGUGCCGGGAGUACAGCGCGGCGGAGGACGCGGCCAUCGUGCGCCUGGUGUGUGACGGAGCGAGGGGCGCCAGGGUCAACGGCAACACGCUCUGGCGGGAGCUGCAACACGACCACCUGCGGCUGACGGGACACGCCCGGUCCUGGCACUCGCUCCGUAACCGCUACCUCCGCUACGUGCUGCCGUCGCUGUCGUCGCUGGUGUCUCCGAGCGUGGCGUCCCGGCUGCGCGCCGCGGCGGCCGCGGGGGAGAUAAAGCGCGGGUCGCGGGCGCGGCCGGCCGACAGCUCGUUCCACCGCGUGCCGGCGGUCACCAGCGCCUGGUCGCGCCGCCGCCGCUCCCCACCGCGUGAGUCCCCUCCUCCCCUUCCUCCCCCUCACACUACCUCCGACUCCUCCUCCUCCUCCUCCUUACUGAACACGAGCAGAACGAGCGGACGGAAUAAGACUGAAGGUACGGUAGUGCUCCGCUCCCGCGCCGUCCCGCGCGUGUCCCGCACGCCGACCUACGACGAACUCACGAGGAGAUUCAACGAGCGACACGCACCCGACUCGGACUCGUCGGUGACGGAGCGCCGCGCCUCCCGGAGACUGCGCGCCGACCGCGCCGCAGCCCCGCAUAAGGCGCACGCGAGGCGCCUCUACAGCCACGCCCAAUGACCGAUACUUAUAUCACAUUUUUUUUCUUCAUUACUUUUCAGUAAAUUUAUUUCAAAACUUAAUAUAUUUAAAGCGAUCUCUCUGCAGUUUUUGUCCUUACCGCAAGUCCGUAUUCUCAACCUGCAUACAACCUACGCCGUUACUAUCAAGUGUGUGGUUUGAGGAACGCGUGGUAAGGCUACUGACUGACUCGGGAUGAGUGUAUGCCACUAAGUGUUUCGUUGUACUUGUAAUUAUGUUAGUGUAUUGAAUGUUCCAAUAAACAAAUAAUGAUC